AUGAAUAUAACUAACAUUACUAAACUGGAAAUAUAUUGGGAAAAUAUACUAAGACAAAGUCUUGCAUCCGUCAAAUCAAUAGAAAUCACAAGUGGUGAUGAUGCUAAUGCUAAAGAUGUCGGAAUUUCUCCUGGUGUUGAAAAUACAAAACAAGAAAAGUGGAAAUACAUUGAUGAAUCAACGAGACAUAGACAAUUGCUCUUAAAAUUGAUUGAAUAUGGACGCAAUUCCAGUGUUCAUGUUAAAGAGGAGGGCAAUGUACGUGUAAUAUUCUCAGAAGAAUUUUGCAUUGGAGAAGGAAGUGAUGCAACCCGUGUUUAUCUUGGACUGGGUAAGGAUGGUUACGGUAAAGCAGUGAAGCGAAUACAUCGACAUAAAUUUAUCCAGCUUGCACAUCGCGAAAAGAAAAUUUUAAAUGAAUUCAAUGCAAAGAAGUCGAAAUAUGUCGUGAAUUAUUUCUACUUGGAAGAAGAUACUGGAACAGAAUAUGUUUAUUUGAUAUUAGACUUAUGUGAAGAAUCAUUGGAGAGUUUUGUCACGUUUUCUCCUUUGCAUGAUCUUCAAAAAGCUCUUCCUGAUAUUCUUAGACAAAUUUUAAAAGGAUUAGCUGAUCUUCAUAGCGGCCCAAAUCCUAUUAUACAUCGGGAUUUGAAGCCUUCCAAUGUUCUGCGAGACACAAAAAGCAACUUUCUGAUAGCUGACUUUGGCAUAAGUCGAAUAAUGAAGAAUGACUCUACAACAUAUAAAAGCAAUACUUCCAUGGGAACUUUGCAUUGGAUAGCUCCUGAAUCAUAUUGCGAAGAUGAUGAUUCAGUAAAUAAAGCCCGUUACAAUAGAAGGUCUGAUGUAUAUAAUGCAGGGAUGGUAGCUUAUUAUGUUGCAACAAAAGGAAAACAUCCUUUUGGAAAUCAACGGUAUAGACUGGACAACAUGCUGAAGGGAGACCAUGUUGGUUUGAAAGAAAUCAAGGAUGAAACACUAAAGGACCUUCUGUCGUGGAUGUUAAAUCUAAAACCUGAAGACAGAGCAUAUUCUAACGAAGCAUUAAAACACCCAUUUCUCAUGUCAGAUAAUGAGAAGUUUGAAAUGUUAAGUAAAGUUGGGAACCAAAGACCAAUUAAGACAAAUGAUCCCCAGUCAAGUGUCUUUCAACAUUUGAAUAGAGAAUCCGUAUAUUGGAAAAGUCAAAUGGAUAGUGAUGUCUAUGAUUAUUUUAGAAUGAACGUGAGAACUGGAAAAAUUUAUAAGUAUAAAUCUUCAUGGACAGAAUGCUUAAGACUUAUUCGAAAUAUUGACCAGCAUUGGAACGAUGAAAUACGACCUCUACCACAACCAGAACCAUUUUAUAAGAUUGGCGAUUACAGGGCGUAUUUUCUCCGAACAUUUCCUAAUCUCCCUGUUCGGGUACAUGCUGCUGUCAGGUCAAAUGAAGAAUUGAAAAACAAACCAGAUCUCAAGAAAUUUUUUAAUUUUAAUAAAAGCGAACUACAUCAAUAAACAAUUUAGAUACAAUAGAACCUGUUAGGCGUGAAAAAAGUAGCUAUUAAGAAAUCAUUGAUACUGUAGCGAUCUUAUUUUAUAGAUAUAAAGAAAAACAGUUUCCACGACGUAUUUAGACGAUAUUUAACCACAUUUCUGCUGAAUCUACAGUCUGAGGUAUUCUUUGAUACAAUGUAAUAUACCUGAUUAUUUAAUUUUUACUGUAAAUUGUUUUGGAAAAAGACUGAAGGCGAAUAUGACAUUAAAAGUUAACUUUUA